GUAAUUCAAGAUAACUAGAGUGUGGGCUGCCUUAGAGAGGAAUGGAGAGAAGAGCAGCAGAGCUGCAGGGCUGCUCUAACACAUUGUGCUCCAGACUACCUGCCUUCCAUCUGAGCUGAUACAAGGGAUCGGCAGGGUUAAACUCCCUCUCCCUUUAUUGCUGGAACCUCUUUGAUACAUGUGUAGCAGAUGAAGUGAAUUCCUCUGAGUGGGAGAGCUGCCUGUCCCCUCACUCUGCCUGUGAGGAGAGCUUGAAGCAGCAGAAAUAAGCAGACAAGGAAGAAGCCAUGAGAGAAUACAAAGUAGUUGUUCUGGGAUCAGGCGGGGUGGGGAAAUCAGCACUGACUGUACAGUUUGUCACUGGAUCUUUCAUAGAGAAAUAUGACCCCACCAUUGAAGACUUCUACAGGAAGGAGAUCGAAGUGGACUCCUCGCCCUCGGUGCUGGAGAUACUGGACACUGCAGGCACAGAGCAGUUUGCCUCUAUGAGAGAUUUGUACAUUAAGAAUGGACAAGGCUUUAUACUGGUUUACAGCCUGGUGAAUCAACAGAGCUUCCAGGACAUCAAGCCCAUGAGAGAUCAGAUCAUCAGGGUGAAAAGGUAUGAAAAAGUGCCCAUGAUCCUGGUGGGCAACAAGGUAGAUCUGGAAGGGGAAAGGGAAGUUUCCUAUGGAGAAGGCAAAGCCUUGGCUGAUGAGUGGAACUGCCCCUUUUUGGAGACUUCAGCCAAACAUAAAGCCUCUGUGGAUGAACUGUUUGCAGAGAUUGUUAGACAGAUGAACUAUUCUUCCCAGCCCAAUGGGAAUGAUCAGUGCUGCUCCUCUUGUGUCAUUCUCUGAGAAACCAUUCCCUUGUUUACAAAUGCACUAUUUGACUUGUAACAUGAUUGGAAACAACUUUGCAUACAGUGAUUGCGUUUUACAGUUCCAAAAGGGUGUGUUUGCCCUGAGAUAUCAAUCUGAAGAAAGUGGCUUUCGUUUAUGUGCUCUUAUGUUUUUUUUUUUAAAGGAAUGCACAUACCAUCACCCUGACCCUGGAGAGUUCAGAACAAACCCGUUUUGGAGUAGUCUGUCUGUUGAAAGUAGGAGGAAGAGGGAUGGAGUGUAUUAU